GUUUCCAUUUUAGGUUAGUGGCGUAUUUGUAAACAAACCAUUACUCAUACAGCGGAGCAAUUUUCCUACACAACUGACAUUGCGUCGGUUUAAUUUUUAGGUUAUAAGAGUUGCUUAGUGCAAAUUCAAAUGAAAUUGGUGAAAAAUGAAAGGGUUUGCCAAUACUGCAUAAUAGGAACGGUGGCUUUGUGCUGCUAUUUGAAUACGUUGUUUGGAACGUUUGUUUUCGACGAUACCGAGGCUGUUGUUAAAAAUAAGGAUGUUACACUGGGUACACCCGUGUCUAAUGUUUUUAAGAAUGAUUUUUGGGGCACUGACAUUACAUCCAAUCUGAGUCAUAAAUCGUACCGUCCACUAGCUACUUUAAGUUACAGGUUGAAUGUGUUAAUAAGCUCAGAGUUAAAUGCUCUUCAUUUCCACGCCGUAAACAUCUUCCUCUACGUAACACUUUGUUUAAUGUGUAUGUCAGUGUUGCAGUUGUUUACGGGGAAUGUGGAAAGUACACCUUUUUUGUCGUGUCUACUAUUUACGGUACACCCCGUACACACAGAGGUCGUGGCUAGCAUUGUAGGACGUGCAGAUUUAUUUGCAGCCAACUUAGUUUUAUUGUCAUUUCUGUUGUACGACAAAGUAAUCAACACCAACUCCUGGCCGAAUUUACUACUCGUCGUAGUUCUAGUAAGUGCAGGAACACUUUGUAAAGAGACUGCAAUCACAUCCCUGUGCAUCUUGCUUGUCUACGAUUGGACGCAUUCCAAUUUAAAGAGUAUGAUACCGCGGGGUCUGUUCCUAGUAUUUAGCGGUGCAGUGAUUUUAUACCUUAGACUUAGACUAAUGAACUUCGAAGGGCCCAAUUUUACAGUUGCCGAUAAUCCGGCCGCUUUCUCAAAUGACACCGUUAGUAGAAUCUUAACUUACAACUAUGUCUAUUUCAUAAAUAUUGUACUGCUACUUUGGCCCGAAUGGUUAUGCUUCGAUUGGUCAAUGGGCUGCAUUCCUCUCCUCGAACAUUUCGCCGACUUUAGAAACGUGGCCGUCAUUCUGUUUUGGAUGGUUUUACUCGCACUGUCGUUCGUCGCCUACCGACAGCUGUCCGGAAGGAAGUGUAACCCAUCGGUCGUCGUUGCGCUAUCUUUUGUGUUCUUUCCGUUUCUACCCGCCUCAAAUUUAUUUCUCAAAGUCGGAUUUGUAGUCGCCGAACGAAUCCUACUCCUCCCAAGUUUGGGGUUUUCCUUCCUCGUCGUGCACGGUCUAAAAAAACUCUCCAAGAUGCUCCAUUUACGUGCGGAGGUGUCGAGCGUAACUCUGUACGCGAUUUGCGCGAUAUUCGCACUACGUACCGUACAAAGAAAUAUCGACUGGCUAACCGAAGAGCGGCUCUUCGGUUCCGCCCUAAAAGUUUGCCCGUUAAACGCGAAAGUGCACUACAAUAUCGGUAAGGUUGCCGCCGACAACAACAGAAGACAGUUCGCCAUUGAGGAGUAUCGAAGGGCGAUCGAGCUGAAUCCGCUGUACGAGCAGGCAAUGAAUAAUUUGGCGAAUCUAUUACGGGACGAACGAAAGUUUACGGACGCCGAAAUUUUGUUAAGGAGAGCGUUGGAAAUUCGACCGAAUUUUGCAGCGGCGUGGAUGAACUUGGGUAUCGUUUUGACGAAUUUAAAUCGGUCGGAGGAGGCGGAACAAUGUUAUUUGACCGCAAUUUCUUUUAGGAAUAAAUAUCCCGAUUGCUACUACAAUUUGGGUAAUUUGUAUUUAGACGCGAAACGCAACGAGGACGCCCUCACCGCUUGGGAGAAGGCGGUCUUAUUUCGUUCGACGCACACCGCCGCGUGGAGCAACAUGCUCGUUCUGCUCGACAGCCUGGGCAGGUACAAGGAGGUGCUGGAGUUGGGCCGGAUCGCGCUCAUGCAUAAUCCGACGUCCGCCGCCCUACACUUCAGCAUCGCGAACACGCUGGGAAAAGUUCAGCAGUUCGAAAAGGCGGAGAAGCACUUUCUCGAGGCGAUCAACUUGAAUCCCCACAGCGCGCUGUACUAUUCCAACUUGGGCGUGCUGUACCAUCGGUGGCGGCGACCGCAGCGAGCGAUCGAAAUGUAUCGCAAAUCCCUGCAGAUCGAUCCGAGAAUGACGACGGCCGAGAACAACUUACGGAGGCUGAUUAACGCACAACUUUAGGUAGUACAAUUUAUUGUGGUUUCUAUAUAAAUAUAUUUAUAAUUCCAAA